AUUUGGGAGGUUCGGCGAGUUAAAUUUCCUCCGAGUUCUUCUUUUGUGCCCCUUUUUCGCAAUCAACACGCACUUGGAGACUCGAAACUGACACGAAGAUGACGGAGGCAGUGAUCAGAAACAAGCCAGGAAUGGCUAGCGUGAAAGACAUGCCCAUCCUCCAGGACGGGCCGCCGCCGGGCGGGUUCCCUCCGGUCCGAUACGCCCGUCGUAUCCCCAACACGGGCCCCAGCGCCAUGGCCAUCUUUCUUGCUGCUUUCGGCGCUUUCUCUUAUGGCAUGUAUCAGGUGGGCCAGGGCAACAAGAUCCGUAGGGCACUUAAGGAAGAAAAGUAUGCAGCUCGCAGGGCAAUAUUGCCCAUGCUUCAAGCUGAAGAAGAUGAAAGGUUUGUCAAAGAGUGGAAGAAAUAUCUUGAAUAUGAAGCUGAAGUAAUGAAGGAUGUGCCUGGUUGGAAAGUUGGUGAAAGUGUCUACAACUCAGGUAAAUGGAUGCCCCCAGCAACUGGUGAACUCCGUCCUGAGGUGUGGUAAUGAUUUUUCAACCAAAGUUUCAGAGCUGGUUUAUUAUCUCUUCAUGCAAUUUUCUUGUGUUGCUUGGUGUAGCCCCCUUUUGAACGAAAUAAAAAUGUGCUGAAAGAUUGGUUUACGUGUAUUCAAAAUAACAUUAGUUUCUUCUUUUUACACCCUUGACAUGAUAAUUUCCUCUGUUUCAUUUAACUUGAAAUCUGAUACUCUAUAGCAAGACUGUCUGUUCCCAUGUUAAAUGUUUGGCACGAUAUAACUGUUUUCAACAUCAGCAUAGAGGUGAAUUCGUGGUUGGGGUAUUUGAGUUCUAUUCUUGCUGGUGAAUUAAUAAGAUAUCAACUUAUGGAAGAA